AUGUCAGCGUCAAUUAGAAGGAUCAUAAAAGAAAUUAAGGAUGAGCAAAAGAACUUUAACGGAGACGAUGUUCGCUUUUGGCCGAAUGAUGAACGUGAUCUUUAUAAUUGCACUGGAGUGUUUAUAGGUCCUAAGCAGUCUCCUUAUGAAAAUGGAAUGUUUUUCUUAGACGUUAAAUUUCCGAGUGACUAUCCUUUUAAGCCUCCAAAGGUUUCAUUCAUAACGAAAAUUUAUCAUCCUUGCAUCAAUUCCAAAGGGAGAAUAGCUAUAGAUAUAUUGGAGGAUCAAUGAAGUCCUGCUCUUACAGCGCAUAAAGUUUUAUUAGUUAUUAGAAAUUUUUUAUUGACAGGCUUUGAAGCAGAUUGGCCACUUGUUCCAGAUAUUGGACGCCAAUAUAGAUUAGAUAGAAAAAAAUAUGAUUGCAUUGCAAAGGAAUGAACAGAGCUUUUUGCUAUGUAA